AUUGGUGACGUGUCCCUUUUGUGUUUUUCAGCCACACUUUGAAGAUCAAAGACGGAUUAGACCUUGGGCGGCCGAUCAUAGAGAAAUUCUCUAUUUGUUUGCCUCUAUGUUGCUGCAUACAGCAGCUUUGGUGAGGAGCCAAAGGUCCAUUUUGUCUUGUCUUUCUUGGUCAUUGGGUGUGAGCCUCAUUUGUGAGUCUCUCUUCUAUUUGGUGUGCUAGCGACUUAAUGAGCAACAAGGAGAGUCUAUUUCGUUGUUGACAUCUGAGACGUCCGUUCCAAAAAGACAAACGCCCCAGUGCUAACUACCAACAAGUUCAGAGACCAAAGAUCCUCAAUUUGCCUAUUUUAACAUGCCUGAGUGAGCCUAAAACAUAACAUAAUUAGGCAGUUUCCAUGGCAACAGCUAGUAAGCCUCAUGCUGUAUGCAUCCCAUUCCCAUAUCAAAGCCACAUAAAGGCACUGCUCAAAUUUGCAAAGCUCUUGCAUCAUAGAGGUUUUCAUGUAACCUUUGUCAAUACAUUGUACAACCAUAGACUCUUUCUCAAAUCUUUAGGCCCCAACUCCCUUGAUGGCUUGCCAGACUUUCAGUUUGAAGCCAUCCCAGAUGGCCUUCCAACUUCAGAUUCAGAUUCCACCCAAGACCUCGCUGCUCUUUCUGAUUCCAUAUUAAAUACAAACCACUUCUUGGAUUCGUUUCGCGAUCUCCUCGCGAAACUCAAUCUCGAUGCAGCAACUUCCAACACUUGUCCUGUGACUUGUAUUGUAGCAGAUGGUUUCAUGCCCUUCUCCACCACUGUCGCCGAAGAUCUUGGAAUUCCCUGGGUGUCGUUCUUCACUAUUGCUGCAUGUGGCUUCAUGGCCAUCAAACACUUUCGUGCCCUGGUGGAAAGAGGAUUUACACCCCUAAAAGAUGAGACAUAUCUAACUAAUGGCUACCUAGACACAGUCAUAGAUUGGAUACCUGGACUGAAAAGCAUCCGGCUAAGGGAUCUUCCAAGCUUUGUUCGAACUACAGAUACCAAAAGCAUUGUGUUUAACCUUGGCAUAGAAGCAACUGAAAAGGCAAACAAGGCUUCUGCAGUUGUUAUACAUACUUAUGAUGCGUUGGAGCGGGAAGUUUUGGAUGCUCUCUCAUCUAUGCUUCCCCUUGUUUACACCAUCGGCCCUCUCCAAUUACUCGUCAACCAGCUGCCAGAAGACCCUCUGAAAUCUGUAGGAUACAGUCUAUGGAAAGAAGAAACUGGCUGCCUCCAGUGGCUGAACACCAAGGCCCCAAACUCGGUUGUUUAUGUGAAUUUUGGCAGUGUAGUCGUGAUGACACCAGAACAACUUGUUGAGUUUGGUUGGGGACUUGCAAACAGCAAGCAUUUUUUCUUGUGGGUAAUUAGGCCUGAUUUGGUUGUUGGUGACUCAGCCAUUUUGCCAGCUGAGUUUGUGGAUGAAACAAAAGAAAGAGGACUAAUAGCAAGCUGGUGCCCACAAGAGCAAGUCCUUAACCACCCAUCAGUUGGAGGGUUUUUGACACACAGCGGUUGGAACUCAACGAUCGAGAGCCUGAGUGCAGGGGUGCCUAUGAUCUGCUGGCCGUUCGUUUCGGAGCAGCUAACAAAUUGUUGGUAUACUUGCAAUGAGCUGGGCUGUGGGAUGGAGAUUGAUAGCAAUGUGAAAAGAGAUGAAGUUGAGAAGCUUGUUAGAGAGUUGAUUGAGGGAGAGAAGGGUGAGAAAAUGAGAAAUACGGCUGAUGGGUGGAAGAAACUAGCAGAAGAGGCCACUGGUGCACAAGGUUCUUCAGUCAUAAACUUGGACAACUUAGUGAACCAUGUGCUUCUAAGGAAAAGCUAAGCUAGAUGUAUUUAACAAAUAAACCUGCAACAUGUACUAAUUUUUCUGUUUGAUAAACUAGUUGGCUUGGGUUGGGAUACAUUACAUAUCACUAGCUUGACUUCCAUUUUGUUUAUGCUAUAAAAUGGUUAUGUACAAUUUUUAAUAUAUUUAUACAAAAAUUUACUUUGCAUU